UCCCUCGCCCCUUCCCUUGUUACAUUCCCCCCACCCCCUCCCUUUCCCUACGGACUUGGGGGGGCUGGGAACGAGCUGCCAUGUGAUGCCUGUCUGGCCGGGUUUCACUCGGUAACCCCCGAACCGAAAGCCACACACCGGCUGGCCGGCCGAAGCCGGGGUCGGGGGGUGGGCGGGGGGUGCUUGCAAGCCUGAAGACGGGGAGAGAGAGAGAGGGGCAAAGACGCAAAGUUCCUGGAAAAGUGGAGGUCUCUGAUUCAGAAAGUGAGGAUUCAGGAGAAGAAAAGAAUGAUCAAGAGCUGCCAUACUCUGUGACAUGUCCAACCCCUUGAUCCAGUCCAUGCAACAUGUACAAGGUGGAGAUGCAUUGAUUCAUCAUCAGUUUGCGCCACAAAGCUUUGGGGGUCCAUGUCUGAAUGGAUUGCUGUAGCCUUCUCAUUUCUCCAUUCAUCCAGUUCCCUGCAUCAUAAGACUUUAAGCCAGCACAGGACCUAGAAAAAUUACAUGGUGUGAACGGAAUGUCUGUGGAUGAGAAGACUGAAUCCCCCAUGUAUGUGUAUGAGUCAACAGUCCAUUGUACCAAUAUCCUCCUGUGCCUCAAUGACCAGCGGAAGAAGGAUAUUCUUUGUGAUGUGACUUUGAUUGUGGAAAGGAAAGAGUUCCGAGCCCACCGGGCUGUGUUGGCAGCAUGCAGUGAAUACUUCUGGCAAGCUCUGGUAGGGCAGACGAAACAUGACUUGGUUGUCAGCCUGCCUGAGGAGGUCACUGCUCGGGGGUUUGGUCCAUUGUUACAGUUUGCCUACACUGCGGAGCUGUUACUCAGUAGAGAGAACAUCCAGGAGGUCAUCCGCUGUGCAGAGUUCCUGCGCAUGCACAACCUGGAGGAUUCCUGCUUCAGUUUCCUGCAGACCCAGCUCCUAAACAACGAGGAUGGCCUGUUCCUGUGCAAAAAAGAUACCUCUUGCCAACGCAUGCAUGGCGACAUGGAGAACUCGGAAGGCGAGGAGGAGGAGGAAACAAUGGAGUCAGAAACCUCCAAGAUAUCGUGUCCCAAGGAGCGGGUGCAUCCAGAACCCCUUGGCUUCGAGUCUGCAGCCCCAGUAGCAGAGAAGGAAGAAGGCGUGCUACCUGACUCCGACGUGCCAAGGGACGAUGGCAGGGGCAGUCUGGACAAGGAUACGCUAACACGGUACCCCAGAUAUAAGAAAUACCAGCUUGCUUGUACCAAGAAUGUUGUCUACAACACAUCGCACAUCAGUACCUCAGGUUUUGCAAGCGCACUCAGUGAAGAGAACCCUGGCAACUGCCUCCAGGCGGGGCUGGCCAUGGGGCAGAUUAAAAGUGAACCUCACAGUGAAGAGAAUGACGAGGAAAGCAUCACACUUUGCCUGUCCGGAGAGGAGCCCGAUGUCAGGGACAAAGAGGGGGAUGUCGAGAUGGAAAGGAAACAGCCUAGCCCCAUCCCCACCCCUGUGGCCACCACCUCUGCUGCUGCUGCUGCAGCCACCGCUGCUACCCCCUCGGCUGUCUGCGUGGACAGAUCUAAAAGCGGCUCCUCUCCUUCCUGUUUAGGGUCCCUCUUCAACAGAACAAAAAGUGCAGAGUUGUCGGGCUUGCCCAGUACUUCCCAACAGCACUUUGCCAGGAGUCCAGCUUGCCCUUUGGACAAGGGGACAACUCAGGGUGACCAUAAAACUGACUACAGCCCUUUCACAGGGAGUUAUGGACAGUCCCAUGCCAGUCAGAAAGAUGCUUCCAGUGUCGCAGUGGGGUCUCCUCUCAAGGGGCCCGGGCUUGAAACUCUGUGUAAGCAAGAAGGUGAGCUGGACAGGCGGAGUGUGAUCUUCUCUUCCAGCGCCUGCGACCAAGGGAACACUUCAGUGCAUUUGUAUUCUGGCAUCACCAGUUUGGACAAAGACCUCUCUGAGCCCGUGCCAAAGGGUCUUUGGGCAGGAGCUAGCCAGGCCCUCCCUAGCUCACAGACCUAUUCCCACAGUGGACUAAUAGCUGACCACUUGCCAGGAAGGAUGCGGCCUAAUACCAGCUGCCCGGUGCCAAUUAAAGUUUGCCCUCGCUCUCCCCCCUUGGAGACCAGGACCAGGACCUCUAGCUCCUGCUCCUCCUACUCCUACGCAGAAGAUGGGAGUGGUGGUUCUCCCUGUAGCCUCCCUCUCUGUGAAUUCUCCUCCUCUCCCUGUUCCCAGGGAGCUCGAUUCCUUGCCACUGAUCAUCAGGAGCCAGGCCUGAUGGGAGAUGGAAUGUACAACCAAGUCCGACCCCAAAUUAAAUGUGAGCAGUCCUAUGGAACCAACUCAAGUGAUGAGUCUGGAUCGUUCUCUGAAGCAGACAGUGAGUCAUGUCCUGUGCAAGACAGGGGCCACGAGGUCAAACUUCCGUUUCCUGUCGAUCAAAUCACAGAUCUUCCAAGAAACGACUUCCAGAUGAUGAUAAAGAUGCACAAGUUAACCUCAGAACAGUUAGAGUUCAUUCAUGAUGUUCGCCGACGUAGCAAGAAUCGAAUUGCAGCUCAACGCUGCCGCAAAAGGAAACUGGACUGCAUUCAGAAUUUGGAAUGUGAAAUACGGAAGUUGGUAUGCGAGAAAGAAAAACUGUUAUCCGAAAGAAACCAGCUGAAAGCAUGCAUGGGGGAACUCUUAGAUAACUUCUCCUGUCUUUCCCAAGAAGUGUGCCGAGAUAUCCAGAGCCCUGAGCAAAUCCAAGCCUUGCACCGGUAUUGCCCUGUCCUCAGGCCAAUGGAUCUCCCCACAGCCACCAGUAUUAACCCUUCGCCCACUGCCAUGGAGCAAAAUCUAGCAGCAUCCCAGUGUGUAGGGGAAAGCAUGCAGUGCUGCUUGGAUCAGGGCACCAUGCCCCUUGGGACUCCCUGGCUGCCCAACAAUGUGUCAGAGAAUUGUACAGCUGGGAGGAGGUUGGAUGGAGUUGACCAAGGUACAUACUCAGAGAGAGGGCCGUCUCUAGAACCAAGGAGCCAAACAGUGACCGUGGACUUCUGCCAGGAAAUGACUGAUAAAUGUACAACAGACGAACAGCCCAGGAAAGAUUAUACCUAGUGACUUGGGCCCUGACAUCCCCACCCAGACAAAUGUUCGUCAGUCAGCCUGUGGCCAGUUCAUUUGUUGUCUAGAAGAACGAAUUUGGUGCACACUACAGUGGUCUUAGCAGCAAUACUGUUUUUAAGUAUUUCCUCCUCCCUACAAGCAGGAGUUACCUAGUUAUCUUCACAAUGGUGCUAUCCCUUGCCCAGGCAGGGAACUCAAACAGUGGCAACACUGUCUGUUUUUAAAUGUUAAUUUCAAUCUUAACAGGGAUGGACAUAACACCUCUGAGGACCCAACCACAGAUUAUUUUCUCAGUGGCCCAUGUCACAAAACCCUAUCUCAGGAAUUUCCUCUGAAUGUUCAAUUUUUUUUCAUUGAAGACAGCUUCUAUACACAUCAAAGUUUUAUAACUAAACUGUACAUAUAAUAUAUAUAAUAUAUAAAAAUAUAUCUCCAUAUGCAAAAGUCCCUGCAUGCCUCAA